GUCAAAGUUUGAAGAUAAAGAAGAAAAUGCAGUCUUAAGUUUGAUCAAGCAGUUACGGCAGUCUAACUGCAUGCACUUUCAUGAGUAGAAAAUGCAUUAAUAUAUGGAUUUUAGGUAGAUGUUCUGCAUUUUAAAUGAAUGUGCAUGUGAUCAAUAAUUUUAUGAAUUUGAAACAGAAUAUUAGAGGCCUAUACUCUAUACCUUUUCACACACUGAGCACCAGGUUUUUAUUGACUACAUUGUUUUGUAUUUUUAAUCACAAAUCCUGAGCACCAUAUAACUUUAUGUUGUGUCAAAGCAGGCUACCCUGACAAAUCUACCAAGUAUAUAAAUGCGUUAUCUUCACAAACCUGAGCAGCCAGUGAGUAUUCUCCAGCUUAAAUCUGCCACACCCAGAAAGACAGUUAUAAACCAUGUAAUUGAUGACUGCGGAAAAAAUUUAUUCUUUCAUCAAAAUGAACAAAAGAUGCUGGAGAAACAUAUGUAACUAGUUCUACUAAUUAUACUGCAACUACCUUAGAGUAGUGAAGCUCUCUCAUACAUAAACGUCCAUGUAGCUUCAAAGUGAAACCAACAGAAAAAGAUCAUGCAGAAGUGGAAGCAUGUAGUUCUGUAGCUUCUACAUGCAGAAGUAGAAGCUGAACCAUCUACUUCUGCAUGUUGCCCCUGUGGCAUAUGUCAGAAAUGAUUCUAAUAGAAUUAAGAUUAAUCAGAUUUACCACAAGCCUUAAGAACUGGUAACAAGAUGUCUGCUAAAUUACUAAAAUCAUCGCCUCACAAAUUUUACACACACUGAAAUAGAAAACACAACUUAAUCUACAAGUCCAUAUCUUGUUGAACUGACCUUUAUUAAAUACAUUAUAUGAUUUUUUUUUUUUUAUUAACACAAAUAUGUACAACAAAUUACAAAAACAAACAGUGAGUGAAAAAAACUACGAGGCUUAAGGACAAAGCACAAAAAGCAGGGAAACGUUAAAUACAGCAAAUUUGGGCAGAUUACAUGGGAAAUUCUUAACAAAUUGAAGAAGUCUUUAAAGCUUUAGUAUUGGUACAGUACUUCAGAGAAUACAACUAGAAACAAAUGCAUAAAAGGCAUUCAAUUUGGGCUUUAUCUUUAAAAAUCUGCAGCUGUGGAUAUUACAUUUUGCUCAAAUUAAUAUUACGUUUAUAACAAAGACUUCAUUUUUUGGAGUGUUUAAACAGAAAAAAACACAUAAUGUAAUUUUAAAGUUAAACGGUACGUCUAUUUUCAAUUUUCUUUUUAGGAAUAAAAAAAAUAUCUUUCCACAAUAUUUGAAUAUAUUAGCAGUCCCAGAGAAAGAGAGUGGUUUCAUAAAACAACAUAGUGAUCAAAUUGUGUAUUAGCAUGCAAGAAAACAGCUCAGUGUGGCUACACCCCCUAAGAACUUUCUGUCAGCUGUCGGCUGUUAUCCUGAAUUAUGUCACAGCGUAAUGGCGGCACAAUGCUUCCCAUACAUGGAGAGAAAAAAAUCAUAUAAGUCUCUCAGUUCAUUGAACAAUACAGAAUAAAAGCAAGCAAAUAGAUUAUUUAUUAUAGUUUUAUACCAUCAUCAUAAGCCACAAAUAGUGUUAAAAUGUACAUUUUCUGUGUGUAACUAAUGUAACAUAUUUUCUACAUUAUACUAAAGCAAUAACUAUGGUUGGGUUUAAUUCUCUAUCAUGCUCAAUCUUUAGUGUAAGACAGUUCAGGGCGCCCCCUUGUGGAUUUAAAUAAUCCAUUCACUCCUUUCAGAGCCUGAGAUUUAUUGCUGGUGUGUUUUUCAGAGAAGAAAACAUUUAAAACCCAUUACUUUAGAGCAGUAAACUGUCAUGUAACAGAAGCAUGUUUUCUGAUUGCUGUGCAAACACAAGUUUCAGACAAAAUGGGAAGAUUUCUGAAUUAAAAGCUCCCGCUCGACCAGUUUUCCACAGGUAAAUCUGUAAAUGUAACCAUCAAAAGCCACGUAACAAACUCAUUUUAAAACUCAAAAUGGACAUUUCACUUUACGCUGACCCAGAAGAAGAGCUGUUGAAUAUAGUCAUUUCCGACUAUGAGCUCUUAUUCAUUGUGCAACAAAAAAUUUUUUAACAAAAAUUGACAUAUUUUGAAUUUACUUUAUGACUAGUCAUAAUUUAAUUGUAGAUAUCUGAAAUGUGUAUUUCAGAUAGUCAGUAAUUCAUUGUAGAUAUCUUGAACUGGAGUCUCCAUACAAGUCAGUGGUAAAUCUGACGUAAUUUCGACUAGUCAGAAUGUAAUUAGAGAUAUCUGAAAUAGGUAUUUUGUCUAAUCAAAAUAUAAUUAGAGAUAUCUUAAAUUACUAAAACGUCUAGUGAUAAAACAAUUUGAGAUAUCUGGAAUGUAAGGUCAGUAAAACCGAAUUUAUGUUAAAACGGCCUGCCAUACACCAAAGUCUUCAUACAACUCAGUGGUAAAUCUGAUGUCAUUUCGACUAAUCAGAAUGUAAUUACAGAUAUCUCGAAUAGAUGUUUUGUCUAGUCAAAAUAUAAUUAAAUAUAUUUUAAAUUAGUUAUACGUCUAGUCAUAAAGCAGUUUCAGAUAUCUGGGAUGUAAGGGCGGUAAAACCGAAUUUAUGUUAAAAUGGCCUGCCAUACCAGAAUAGCCGAUGUGCCACGCGUAGUGGUGACGUACUUCCGUUUAAAUGUAGUCCACAUAGAUCGUUUCCUGUAGCCUGUUUUCUGUACAGUUUUUAUCAGUUGCGACAAUGAAGAGGAUGCAGAAAAUAAAAUAUCUCAGAGCAACUGGCACAACAACCGAGUUUUGUUGCGUGCCAUUGUGUCCGGUGAGUAGCAGGUGCAACAAAUUCCUCAGUUUUUUCAGCUUCCCUGCUGAUGAGGAGUUAAGGAAACAAUGGAUAGUGGCUAUCCGGAGAGCUGACUUAGCCAUCAAAGCUCACACUAGAGUUUGUAGCCGGCAUUUCAAACCUGAGGACAUAAAAGAGCCUGAGAAAGAAAUGGGCAGACGGAGGUUAAAAAAGGGAGCUGUACCUGCUCUCUUUGAGUGGAAUAAUUUCUCCCUUCCACUCCCACCACUAGGGGUUUGUGAGAAGAGGAUAAGACCACCACCAGAGGACGGUGAGGAGGAGGCUAACCCACCAGCCAAUGUCUGUACUAAGGAACAUGAUUAUGCCUCGGCUCCAGACCCUGCAGUUGUGGAUUUGGUGUUGGAGGAAAAUUAUGCUCUCUGGGAGGAAAUCUGCCAGCUACGGGAACAGGCCGAGAGCCUUACUCUGAGGCAGCGAUUCGGCAUUCACCGUUUCGCGUCAUCGGACAGGGACAUUAGAUUCUUCACAAGGUUUGCAUCAUAUGACCUACUGAUGCGUUUCUGGUCCAUGAUUGAGCCCGCUCUGCCAUCCAUGGACAGUAUUCGCCAAGGACAGAGAGGAACUGCAAUCGAUUCCUCAACCCAAACCCUGCAGCCCAUUGAUGAAUUUUUCCUGUUCCUAAAUUACCUGGCCCUUGGAUCCAAGCAACGGGAUCUUGCUGACCGUUAUGGUGUCCAUCUGUCCACGGUCAGCUGGAUCAUUACUGCAUGGACCAACUUUCUAUUCACAAUGCUUGGCUCCAUUAGGAUCUGGAUACCUGAGGACCAGAUCCACAGCAGUCUACCUGCCGACUUCAAGGACUACCCCGACACAACAGUCAUCCUUGACUGUAUUGAGCUGAGGUGCCAGUGCCCAUCUUCCCCUAUCCUCUUUUGUAAGAUGUUUUCAUCUUACAAAUCACACUGCACUCUAAAGGGGCUGAUAGGGAUUGCACCACAUGGGGCAGUGACCUUCAUCUCAGGACUGUAUGCAGGGUCCAUCAGUGACAAGCAGAUCACACGUGAAUCUGGUCUCCUCUCCCUCUUAAAACCAGGGAUGGCUGUCAUGGUAUACAGAGGCUUAAUUAUUGACGACAUUGUACCCUGCAAGGUUUACAGGCCAGCAUUUUUCUUUGGCAGGUCUCAGAUGUCUGCAGGGGAAGUUAGGGAGACCCCGGCCACAGCACGCCUUGGGGUGCAUGUGGAGACCCUCAUUCACAGAGUCAAAGAGCACAAGUUAUUUGACUCUGAAAUUCCCCUGUGUGUUCUUGGGAUUAUCAACCAGCUGUACACUGUUGCUUGUCUGCUCACAAAUUAUGAAAAUGGGUCACUGACAAAAGGCUCGGGCAAAGAUGCCUGAUGCCUGAGUAACUGCAAAAAAUGUAUUCUGUAUUUACUGUUCAUUUUUAAUGUUUUAUUUGUACAUAAAACAAAACUGAAUCUCUUUUGUAA